AUGCCGGUCUCUUCCAUCGCAGUUAAGCUCCCUCCAUAUUGGGACCGGAUCCCCUCGACAUGGUUCAUCCAAGCCGAGGCGAAGUUCCAUCUUGCCGGCAUCUCGUCCCAACGCACCAAAUUCUAUCAUGUCAUCGCGGCCCUUUCUCCAUCGGCGGCGGAAGAGGUAUUUGACAUCAUCGCAAGUCCCCCCGCCGACGACCCGUACGAUUCACUGAAGAACGCUUUACUUAAACGAACGUCCCCCUCUGACCGCGCACGGCUCCAGCAGCUUCUCUCUUCGGAGGAACUUCGCGACCGACGCCCCUCUCAACUUCUGCGCCGCAUGUGGCAGUUACACGGCGAAGGAACUGACGCUACGACUCAAAACUUCCUCCGCGAGUUGUUCCUUCAACGCCUUCCUCGCAACGUUCAGACAGUCCUUGCCACCGCCUCCAAGCUAUCUAUCGACGAGCUGGCUAGUUUAGUCGAUGCUGUCAUGGAAGUUGCUGCACCUUCCAUACCAAGUGUUGCAGCGUUACAGGCCUCCGCUGCGGACAGUCGUCCAUCACAAGAUAAUUCUCCCGCACAGCCCAGCCUGGCCGCUUUUUCGCAGCAAGUCAACCAUCUCACCAGCCUCGUCGUGGCUUUGACAGCUCGUUCCAGGUCCCCUCCACCACGACGUCAACGUUCCCGCUCCCCGAGGCACCCGCGGCGUGGAUCUCCCAACGGCCUUUGCACAGUCGUUUCGGCCAUAACGCCCACCACUGCCUCCAACCAUGUACGUGGUCGGGAAACCCGCCAGCCAACCACUGAUGGCUGGGAGUGGACAUGGCCUUACCGGCUGCCGCCUAUUUUACAUCACGGACCGCUCGUCCGGCUUGCGUUUUUUGGUUGA